AUGAAUGAUGCCUGCUACUGUUACUGUUGCCAUCACUUUGCUCCAAGCUCGACCACUGACAAAGCGUUUACUGUGACAGGAUUUUCUAAUUGGAAGAAGACACGUGGUCACAAAGAGAAGUCCAAUUCUCUGUUAAAACACAAACUUUCAUCUGCUCACAGAUCAUCGUUUGUGGCAUGGGAAGAGUAUCGUCAAUCUGCACAAAAGGGUCACACAAUACAAGAUAUUGUGUCUCAGUCAACGCUUCAGGUGUCAGAAAAGGAAAUAGAAGACAAUAGAUAUCUUUUGAAAACUGUCAUUGACAUACUCCUCCUUUGUGCAAAACAAGGGAUAGCCUUGAGAGAUCAUGACACACGUCUGCAACAGAAGAUUGGAAAAUUACCCAUGAAUGCACAUUAUCGCUCACCUGAAAUUCAGAAUGAGUUGUUAUCGGUAAUGGGAUCACUCGUGCGAAACAAGAUCUGUGAAGAAGAAGUCCAGAGGGUGGCAGGUAUAAAGAAACCAUUGCGUAUCCAGAAUCUCAGCAAUACUCGAUGGGCAUGCCGCUUUGAUGCUGUAUCUGGAGUUCUGCAAUCACUCAAAGAAAUAGUUGCUACUUUAGAGGAUCUUACUGAGAAUGACAGAGACAGUAAGCGAAGAGUCGAAGCAGGAGAUCUCUUGACACAUGUCAGGACCUUCAGGUUUAUAUUCAUAUUGGUUUUACUCGUCAAGGGACUUUCAAUAACCAAAGGACUGUCAGAUCAACUGCAAGAUGACUCACUUGAUCUAACAGCUGCAGCGGAACUUGUUGACUCUGUCCUGUCAUCUAUUCGUAGCAGCAGAAGUGACAAAGAGUGGGAGAGAACUUGGAAGGCUUCUGUUGAUUUGGCUGAGCGUUUGGGGAUUGCUGUUGUAGAUGUACGUCGCAAGGGUAAGAAACGAAACUCUCAACGGCUACUUACCGAUAUGGUAGUGUUGGAUACAACAGGAAGAAGAGAUGUAGCCGGAGACGAUUUAACUGAAGGAAAUGAAGAAGCCACUACUAAACAUUAUUAUCGAGCACAUGUCUACAAUCCUGUUAUUGAUUCAUGGGUAGGCGAGUUACAACGACAAUUUUCAGAAGAAAAUAGAGAAAUCAUGAAUUCUAUCCAAGCUUGUUCUCCGCAUUCUGGGAAAAACUUCCUUAGCUCAGAGAAGCUUAUGCCACUUGCUAGUAGGUAUGGUGUCAACGAAACAGCACUGAUGAAAGAGCAAUGCAAACAAGCUAUGCAUAUCCUCUCAGGCAAGCAGCUAACAGGCAUUUCUGAUGUUCUUUUUUAUUUGAAUCGCAAGAAUAAGGGGUUUGCCAUUAUUGUCAAGCUGUUGACAAUAGCUCCUACACUAGGUGUAAGUACGGCUACCUGUGAGCGAUCGUUCUCAAACUUGAAGAGGACUAAAACUUAUGUACGGUUGACAAUGAGCGACAGCAGAAUGAGCAACCUGGCAAUUUUUUCAAUUGAGAAAGACUUGUCUUGUAACUGGUUAACUUUUGAUAUGACAAUAGAUAAGUUUGCUUCAGUAGACAAAGGGAGAAGGAUAAAAUUAAAAUAACACAGGCGUAUUGACUAUUGUAUGAAGCAAUUUGCUUGAAAGGCACGAUUG